AUGACCUCGAGCCGGCACCGCACUGAUGUCCCCUCCCUCUCCCUCUCUCCUUCUCUCUCUCUCUCGACGAUAAUCGCCGACGACGAACGGAAAACGGAGCCACAUACAUCGAAGAGAAGAGAAGAGAGUCGGAGAGAAGCCGAGUCCAUUGUUGCUCUGCGUCUCUCCCCAAAGAAUGGUCCCUUCAACGUCUCUCGCCCUCCUACCACACGAUUCAGAGAGAGAACCCACCUCCUAUCUCUACUACUUCCCUACUAUGCCUGCGUCAUUUAG